AGAAUAGUGCCUUUUUUGUCUUGUUUUUUCUUGGAAAGUGAGGAGGAAAAAAAAAAACGAAUUUCAACAUAUGUAUGUGAUUAUUAUUUGGUUUUUUUAUGCUUCAUUGAUUCCUUAGAUGGAUUUAUCAAAGGAUAAAUAAAGUUUUUGUUGAACAAAAUAAAAAUCUUAAAUUUUGAAAUAAAUCUCUAGAAAGUCUUCUUUAUCUUUUAAUUAGAGUGAUUCAUCUUGGUUUCAACAUUUUAAUACAGAAUUAAGUGAAGAAACAAUAUUAGCUUAUUUUUAUCAAAUAGGAAAUCCAUUUUAUAAUCGAUUGAGUUUAAAUGAACAAAUUUAUAUGAAAAGUCUUCCAAAAAUUGAAGCAAUAGUACAAUCAAAUCAAUUUAUUUUAUUGAAAUUUUUCUUUGUUUCUGAUAGUUAA